AUGUACAAAGAAGCAAAGGAAACAGAGCAGAAACGCAUGCACAUUGCAGAAGAAAAGAAAAGAAACAGAGCCAGAGAUGCAUCAAUUUUUGAAAUGAAGGAUUAUCUAGACUGGGUUGAAGGAAAGGGGCUUUGGAGCACAUCAGCGAAAGGACCAUCACCAUAUAGGUUCAAUCUUGGAGACAAUGGGAGGAAGAAGAUGAGAGAUCUGUACAGCAAGAGAGAGUCGUCAUCAUCAAUAGCACCUUCAUGUCAGGUGGAAAGUUGUGACAGUGAUCUGAGCGAGGCUAAGCAUUGCCAUCGCCGCUCCAAGGUCUGUGAGUUCCAUGCCAAAGCUCCUUCUGUGCUCAUUGCAGGCGUGCACCAAAGGUUUUGCCAGCAAUGCAACAGGCAGUUCACAAAACCCUAA